GGACGAUAUAAUAGAACGGCUGCGACAUGUAAUUAAUUGUUAAGAGAAACAAACUUUGAACGAUCAUCAAAAAGAUGGAUUCGCGUAAAAAUCAGUACAAACCUACUACGUCCGCUGGGAGUGCCAGCUUGAGGAAUAAAAAAAGAGACGAAAAAAACGUUUUGCGCAAAGAUAAAAGAGAAAAGGUAUUGCUAAGGAAAAGGACAAGGCAUGGCGUGUCGGAAAGUUCAGAGUAUGAAAUCACUACUGACCAGAUCAAAGAUCUGACGAACAAGUUGAUGACAAAAAAGGAAGACAAAGUUCUCUAUCUGAAGUUGUUGAGAUCAGGAUUUGCUCAAGGAACUGCUCUCAUUGAUGCAUUUUUACAGGUUGACAAUGCCAUGCCAUGUUUGAUUAGUUUGUUGACAGGCUCUGAUGCAGAGGUUCAACUAAUGGCUACCUGGUGUCUUACAAAUAUAUCUGCAGGGACGGAACAGCAUGCCAUGACAGUCGCCAGACACGCAAGCUCCUACCUUAUAACCUACCUGUCGUCGCCAUCAGCUCCUCUUCAGGACCAGUGUGCUUGGACGCUGGGUAACUUGGCCGGUGAGGGUGAGGAAGAGAGAAAGUUGUUGAUGCAACAAGGGGUGGUAGCUGCUCUUGUGCCACUUCUCAAGUCAGCCUGCAGCAAUGUGGUUAAGUCAGCAGCGUUUGCAUUGUCCAACCUGGCAAGAAGUAGUGAGGCCAAACAGAAAAUGGUUGAAAUGAAUGUUGUGGAUGCAUUAGUGCACUUGCUGGAAUUAAAGAAUGGUGCUGAAGAUGUAAUUACUGAAUCUUUGUGGGUGCUCACAUAUCUGACUGCUUGUCCAGAAUAUGCAAAGACAUUAUCAGAUGCAGGCGUACUCAAGAAAGUUCUCAACCUUCUGUAUGAGGCAUCUAAACACGAGGAACCGAACGUUCUGUUAGUGACACCGUUGUUGAGAUGUCUCGGCAACAUGAUGUGUGACAGUGAGGUGAUGUCAACACAAGAUAAUCAGGAACUCGUUAGUGAUGCACGUUUGUAUGAGAGCAUCGACAAGUUUAUGCAUCACUCAGUGCUUCAUCUGCAGAAGGAAGGCCUUUGGGUUCUCUCCAAUCUGGCUGUUUACGAACCACUGUGUCAGAAAUUGAUCAAGUGCAAUUUACUGCCAACAGUUAUCAGUUUGUUGAACUCUGCGUACAACAUCAGAUAUGAAGCGGCAUAUUGCUUGUGCAACAUAGCUCAGCAUGGAGACGACAUAUGCAGGGAAAUAUUUAAACAACAUGCCAUACCUAACAUAGUACCCACUUUGAAGUCACAUGACCUUGAACUGGUCUCAAUGUCCCUCUCCCUCAUCCAGAUGAUCAUGCAGGCCUCUCAAGAAAUGGCAGUAAAAGAAUUCGAAGAACACGGUGGCUUAAAUGGCUUAGAACUGCUUGAGUACAAUGACAAUCUAACUAUCAGCCAAAAGACUAAUCAUAUAUUGGACAAUUUCAUAUACAAAUAUAUGACUGUAAAAGAAUAAUUAAUGUCACUUGCAACAUUUUUUCGAUAAUAUUGCAAUUGUUUUUAAUGACAUCAGCAAAUAAAUUUUAUACUUUUUAAAUUUUUGCUUAUGAUGUGUUAUUUUAUCCACAUGAAUUUUAUUGAUUAUUAAUUUGUUGCAUGUUAUUGUUAUAUUACUUAUUGGCACAACAACGGUAAAUUGGUAUGAAAUUUAAUUGGUUAAAUGUUGGCGCCAUCCGAUAUAACCAGGCUUGUUCGUGCACUAAACUUUAAUAACUUUGACAAAUAUAAACAUUUUAUUAGCAAUGGUGAUGUUUUAACAUUGGUUUUAUCCGUUGUGUGCAAUUAUUUCUUUGUUUUCAAUAAAAAGCUCAACUGUU